AUGAACAAGACAAUUAUUAUCUUUUUGGCUGUAUGCCUUAUCACCGUUCACGCAUUUGUCAAACGCGAUGCACCAACACAAACCAAUGACAAUGGUCUCGAUUCGCUCCAAAAGACCUUAGAGGGUUUUGCUAAUUCCGUAAAAGAGAACUUCUCGAAAGUUAUAAAUCCAGACAAUAUUCAGAAGCAAUUCAAUGACGCUGUGUCUAACGUGAAGCAAGCUCUUGACAGCAUUACACCCAAACCGGCAACAUAG